CUCUCUCUGUCUGUCUCUCUCUCUCUCUCUCUCUCUCAAGCAUGGCGGCGGUGGUGGCGACACGGGCGUGCGAGACAGAAGGCUGCAGUAAAGAAGCAAAACUGCAAUGUCCCACAUGUAUUAAACUCGGGAUCCAAGGAUCAUAUUUCUGCUCUCAGGAAUGUUUCAAAGGCAGCUGGGGUACUCACAAACUGCUCCACAAGAAAGCAAAGGAAGACAAAAAGGAUGAGGAGAAGAACUGCAUGGGGAAGGAGGUCAACACAGAUCCCUGGCCUGGAUAUAAGUACUCUGGCAAGCUGCGACCUUACUAUCCAUUGACACCCAUGCGUCCUGUUCCAGGGCACAUUCAGAGGCCGGACUAUGCUGACCACCCCCUGGGGAUGUCUGAGACGGAGCAGACACUUAAAGGGACUUCCCAAAUUAAAAUCCUUACUCCUGAAGAGACUGAGGGCAUGAGAAUCGUCUGCAAGCUAGCGAGAGAGGUGCUCGAGAUUGCUGCCAUGAUGGUGAAACCUGGAGUGACAACAGAGGAGAUUGAUCAUGCUGUACAUCUGGCAUGCACAGCACGGAAUUGCUAUCCUUCCCCCCUCAACUACUACAACUUUCCAAAGUCUUGCUGUACAUCAGUUAAUGAGGUCAUCUGCCAUGGAAUACCAGACCGCCGCACCCUACAAGAAGGGGACAUCCUUAAUGUGGAUAUUACUGUUUUCCACAACGGUUACCAUGGAGACCUGAAUGAGACAUUUUUUGUGGGUGAGGUGGAUGAAGGGGCAAAAAGGCUGGUGCAGACGACGUAUGAAUGCCUAAUGCAAGCUAUUGAUGCUGUGAAGCCUGGUGUACGUUAUCGUGAGCUGGGGAACAUCAUUCAGAAACAUGCACAGGCUAGUGGAUUUUCUGUGGUGCGAAGUUACUGUGGUCAUGGCAUCCACAAACUCUUUCACACGGCACCCAAUGUUCCACAUUAUGCAAAGAAUAAAGCUGUUGGAGUGAUGAAACCUGGACAUGUCUUCACGAUUGAGCCAAUGAUUUGUGAAGGUGGUUGGCAGGAUGAGACUUGGCCAGAUGGUUGGACAGCUGUUACUCGAGAUGGGAAACGCUCUGCCCAAUUUGAACACACACUUCUGGUGACUGAAACAGGUUGUGAGGUUCUCACUCGUCGACUUGAUGAAAACGGCCGUGCUCACUUCCUGUCACAGAUGUAGAGUGCUUGGGUGAGAACACAAGCCCUGGCCCCAGUGGAGGACACAUCUGCGCCGCCCCUGUCACUGAUAAGCCAAUCACACUGUGGUUCUCUGUUGGGCAGGAGAUUAUUGGCCAAAUGGCCAUGUUGAUGGAGUGUCUAACUGGGCAAGAAAUGGAGAUUUGUUAUUUAUGAAUUUAUCAUCUGAACAGUCAUAGGACUCACUUGGAUCUGGUCAGACUGGAAGGCACUGACUUUUGACCUGCUUGCAGUGCCACCACCCCUUUUGUGUGUGUGUGGGUGCGUGCGUGUGUGUGUACAUAAAUAUACAUGCGUCGUGCAUAUACAUGCGUACACACACACACUACUUUAUUGAGCAAGCUGUGUUUGAAUUCAGGAUUUAUUCUGUGUGUCCAAGUAUGAAUGGUAAGCAUGUCAUGUGUUUCAAAAUGAUACCAAACAGACGUAAUAAAAUCUUAAAACAUUUUUUUCUUUCCUUUCUGGUUUAUCCCAGACAUACUCCCUGCAACAUCCUCCUGUUUACAAAAGAGUGCCUCACAAUGAAAUUCAUGAAAUUCAGAUCAUUAUGUAGUGAUUUAUUUAAAGAAAUGUUAUUUUUCAAAUGUAAUUGGCUGAUGCAGCUCAGAACUGUUCUGCAUGGUUGAUCUAACAUUGAUAGGCUUUUGGUCAUUGGUGCACUGUGUGUGUCUAAAACCCAGUCAAACCCAUUUCAUUGAUCUGCAUUCAAGCUGUAUUAAAGCAGAUUUUCCCUGUG